GGCCAUCAUUGCUACCCAAAGGAUUUCCUGUCUGUGUGCAAUUUGUCAGUGGUUUUUGACAGAAGUCGUCCUACUCUGCUUAAAUUGCCCACAUGUCUUCUUACAUGCGUCACAAGCUGAGAGGCUCAACUUUGACACUUCUCUUUAAUAAGCUAAUCAAGAACUUUGACACCUAUUCCUCCUCUUUUAAACCUGCCUAUUGGAGUUUACAACCAAAGGGAGUUCGUUUAAUCCAUUCUCCUACUGAGUCAGCCAUGUCCAGCACUACGGGUCUUGUUAUUCCUUGCAAAGCUGCUGUAGCAUGGGAGGCAGGGAAGCCUUUGGUGAUUGAGCAAGUGGAGGUAGCUCCACCACAGGCCUUGGAAGUGAGGAUCAAAAUCAAAUAUACCUCGCUUUGCCAUACUGAUCUCUACUUCUGGGAAGCCAAGGGCCAGACUCCAUUGUUUCCUCGCAUAUUUGGACAUGAAGCAGCAGGAGUUGUUGAGAGUGUUGGGGAAGGUAUAUCAGAUCUCAAGGUUGGGGAUCAUGUCCUUCCUGUAUUUACAGGAGAAUGUGGGGAAUGCAAGCACUGCGAGUCCGAGGAAAGUAACAUGUGUGAUCUGCUGAGAAUAAACACAGACAGGGGUGUUAUGCUUAGUGAUGGCAAAUCUAGGUUUUCAAUUGAUGGGGUACCAAUAAAUCAUUUUCUUGGGACAUCCACCUUCAGUGAGUACACAGUUGUGCAUAGAGGUUGCCUUGCAAAGAUCAAUCCAUUAGCACCGUUGGAUAAAGUCUGCAUUCUCAGUUGUGGCAUCUCAACAGGACUGGGUGCAACAUUGAAUGUGGCUAAACCGAAGAAAGGUUCCUCGGUUGCUGUUUUCGGAUUGGGAGCUGUAGGCCUAGCAGCUGCAGAAGGUGCAAGAAUUGCCGGAGCAUCUAGGAUCAUUGGGGUGGAUUUGAACCCCAGUAGAUUCGAAGAAGCCAAGAAGUUUGGAGUAACUGACUUCGUGAACCCAAAGGAACAUGAUAGACCAGUUCAAGAGGUAAUUGCAGAGAUGACAAAUGGCGGAGUCGACAGGAGUGUGGAGUGCACAGGCCACAUUGAUGCCAUGAUCUCAGCUUUUGAAUGUGUUCAUGAUGGGUGGGGGGUGGCAGUGCUCGUUGGUGUGCCCAACAAGGAAGCAGUUUUCAUGACCAAGCCAAUCAAUGUGCUCAAUGAAAGAACUCUUAAAGGAACUUUCUUCGGGAACUACAAACCUCGGACUGACCUUCCAUCUGUUGUUGACAUGUACAUGAAAAAGAAGUUGGAAUUGGACAAGUUUAUAACUCACAGGCUGUCUUUUUCUGAUAUCAAUAAGGCCUUCGAGUUAAUGGUGAAGGGGCAAGGCUUGCGUUGCAUUAUUAACAUGGAAGAGUAGGAUCCAGCUGGAAAAAACUGAAGCUGAAGCUUUUGGUUAAACUUAUGAAAUAAAGGAUAAAGGAUAUGAACAAAUAUCACCCUAUAUCUCUUCUGUAAUCUAUCUUUUUCUGUGUGCCUAUGUAAUUGUAUGACCUGAAUCAUUUGCACUUUGCAAUGAAAUUUGCAGAUUGCAUA